AUGAAGACUGCACAAAUCACAUCCGCUCUUGCCCUUGGCUUUGCGGGCUUGGCCGCCGCCUACCCCAAUAUCCUCGCCGAGUUGGAGUCCCAGAAACGAUCUCCCGACCUCAAGAAGAGAAUCUCCUUCGAUGCUGCGGCUCAGAAGAUCGAUGUCUCUGGCACCCACGCUUUCAACCCUCCAGGUGCCGGUGACCAGCGUGGUCCCUGUCCAGGAUUGAACGCUAUGGCCAACCACGGUUACCUCCCUCACAAUGGUGUCGCUACUAUCGAUCAAUUCGUUGAGUCCACCACCAAGGUCUUCGGCAUGGGUGUCGAUUUGGCUCUCAUCCUUGCUGUCUACGGAGCUGCCAUUGACGGCAACCUCGUCUCCUGGAGUAUCGGAGGUCCCACACCGAAUGUACCAUCCAUCAAUCUCCUCGGCCAGCCCCAGGGUAUUAGCGGCUCCCACAACAAGUACGAGGGUGAUGCUUCACCCACAAGAGGUGACCUGUACAUCGAUGGUCAGGACUACCUCUUAAAGAUGGAGAACUUCCAGGCUCUCUACGACGCUGGCAAGGCCGCUGACAACUACGACCUUCAGCUCUUGACCGACCGUAGAGCUGCCCGUUUCAAGCAGAACAUUGAAACCAACCCCUACUUCUUCAAUGCUCCCUUCUCUGGUGUUAUUGCUCAGCCUGCCGCGUGGAGCUUUAUCUACCGUUUCAUGGGUAACAAGUCUGCCGAGUACCCUGCUGGCAAGCUUAACGGAGAGGUUCUGAAGUCCUUCUAUGCUAUCACUGGCAACGACGGUAACUUCAAGUACACUCCCGGCUACGAGCGCAUCCCAGAGAACUGGUACACUCGCAACGCCCUUGACCCCUACGAUGUUCUUGCUCUGCAGGCAGACACCGACGCCCAGCUUCUCCAGCAUCUCGAGUUCGGCAGCAUCGGUGGUAACACUGGUACCCCCAACAGCUUCGUCGGUGUCGACCCUGAGCUCCUGACCGACGGUGUCUUCAACGCCCAAACACUGCUCCAGGGCAACAACCUCAUGUGCUACGGCCUGCAGCUUGCCGUCCAGGAGCUACCCGAUAUUCUCUCUGGUGUUGUUACCAACCUUGCCGCUGCUGUCAACCAAGUCAGCUCCGCCUUUGGCAACGCCACUCAGAAGCUUGGAUGCCCCGAGCUCACCAAGAUCAACCAAGACCAGUUCCAGAAGUACCCUGGCUACACCAAGCUGAAGUCUGACGGUACCUACUAA